UAUGUCUGGAAAUUGCUCGUAUUCACAGACCUAGGAUCAGAGUAUCCACCCCGAAUUCCAACCUUAACCAGGAGGGAAUAAACACUCAACUGACCUUAGAUCAGCGUCUGGGGGAAAUGAUUCCUUUCUCGGUAUGACAUCAUCCACUCAUUGUUUGUGGAGCUGUCAGUUCCAUCACCGACCUAGUACUGUAACGUUAACUGCUGGAGCGCCAUACAAAUUGGAUUUAAUUUAAAGCAUUAUAUCAACUGGCUAGGUUGGCAUCGAGCACAUACUCUAAAAAGAAGAUGGAGCAGGACACCGAUGACGUUGACUCCCGGGACACCGAUGACGUUGACUGCCAACACAUGACGUUGACUCCCGGGACACCGAUGACGUUGACUGCCAAUACAGCAUGGCAGAUAAACAGGAUAAGAGUGAGCUGAAGGCAGAGCUGGAGAGGAAGAAACAACGCCUGGCCCAAAUCAGAGAGGAAAAGAAGAGAAAGGAGGAGGAGAAGAACAAGAAGAAGGAUGGGUCUGACUCUAAGCGGGGAGGGGAGGGGGGUGCAGCUGGGGCACCAGACUCGUCUGACCUGGAGAAGAAGAGGAGAGAGGCUGAAGCUCUACUGCAGAGCAUGGGGAUCGCCCCUGAUAUAACCAAUGCCCAGCCUCUGAGAGUAAUAACAGAGGAUACGUGUUUGUUUCACUAUCUAGUCCCCGCCCCUAUGUCUCCCUCAGCCAAAUCAAUGUGCAGCGAGACAGGAAGCCAGGACUCUGGAGAUGGAAACUCUAGGACGUUACACUGGGAUCCUGACCCCUCUACUCUACAGCUGCACUCUGACUCCGACCUACUGGGGCGUAGUUUGAGGCUUGGCAUGGCAAAGGUGACCCAGGUGGAUUUCCCACCCAAACAGUCUGUGUCCUACUCCAAGGAGACACAGACCCCCACCUGUACACAAACACACACACAGGCCAAACCAGCGGAGGAGGAAGAGGAGGAGGAGAUGGCUGAGCCCAAGCCAGCAGAGGAGUCCAAGGAGGAGAAAGCUGAUCAGGAGGAGAAGCAGGAAGAAGUCACUCCCAAAGAUCUGACUGAAGAGGAGAAGAUGCAGCUUCUCCACUCGGAGGAAUUCAUGGCGUUCUUCGAUCGAGGGAGCAGGAUUGUGGAGCGGGCUCUGUCUGAACGAGUAGACGUCUGCUUUGACUACAGCGGCCGAGACCUGGAAGACAAGGAGGGUGAGAUGCAGGCGGGGGCUAAGAUGUCUCUGAACAGGGCGUUCUCUGACGAACGUUGGUCCAAGAACAGGGUGGUCACCUGUCUGGACUGGUCUCCUCAGUACCCUGAGCUGCUGGUGGCUUCCUACAACAACAACGAGGAGGCUCCUCAUGAGCCUGACGGAGUGGCUUUGGUCUGGAACAUGAAGUUCAAGAAGACAACACCUGAAUACACCUUCCACUGCCAGUCUGCAGUGAUGUCAGCAGCGUUCGCCAGGUUCCAUCCUAACCUGGUCGUGGGUGGGACUUACUCAGGCCAGAUCGUCCUAUGGGACAACAGGAGCAACAAGAGAACACCUGUACAGAGAACUCCUCUUUCUGCAUCUGCUCACACGCACCCAGUGUACUGUGUGAACGUGGUGGGGACUCAGAAUGCUCACAACCUCAUCAGCAUCUCGACUGAUGGAAAGAUGUGCUCCUGGAGCCUGGACAUGCUGUCUCAACCACAGGACAGUCUGGAGCUGGUGUUUAAGCAGUCUAAGGCAGUAGCAGUGACCUCCAUGGCUUUUCCGCUGGGUGAUGUGAACAACUUUGUGGUCGGGAGUGAAGAUGGAUCAGUCUACACUGCCUGCCGCCACGGGAGUAAAGCAGGUAUCAGUGAUGUAUUUGAGGGACAUCAUGGUCCGGUCACUGGGUUGAGCUGUCACAGUGCUGGGGGUCCUGUGGAUUUCUCCCAUCUGUUCAUCUCUGCCUCCUUCGACUGGACCGUCAAGCUGUGGACCACCAAGAGUACCCGUCCUCUGUAUUCAUUUGAGGACAGCUGUGACUAUGUGUAUGAUGUCAUGUGGUCUCCCACACACCCCGCCCUCUUCGCCUGUGUAGACGGAUCAGGACGCCUGGACCUGUGGAACCUCAACAACGACACAGAGGUGCCCAGUGCAAGUGUGUGUGUGAAUGGGUCUCCUGCUCUGAACCGUGUGCGGUGGGCUCACUCAGGGAGAGAGAUCGCUACAGGAGACUCAGACGGACAGGUGCUGGUGUAUGACGUAGGGGAGCAAAUCUGUGUGCCCAAGGCAGAUGAAUGGACCCGUUUGGUACACACGCUGGUGGAGAUCAACGAGAACCGUGAUGAAGGAGAGGAGCUGGCCGCGCAGCGCCUAGUCGCCUGAUCACCAUGGGAACCACUCCCCUCCUGCACUUGCUUCCAAAUCCUCCCUCCAGUUGGAACAGGAGUGAUGUUUAUCCUCUCAGGUUCUAGAACAUUUGCGUGUUCUGUCCACAGCUCUUCCCUAAAUAUGCAAAACUUUCUACCUUUUUACUACUUUGCAGCUCUUGUGUGUAUUCCCUAAAGGCUGACCAUGUGGGUUUAAUGGUGAAGACAAAGAAAUAGGAUGACCCAUUCCAACCUUUAUAGACUAGGGCAGCAAUGUCCUUAGAUUUUAUUUAUCCAUGCUCUUAUUUAUCAUAUGCGGUUGCACAUAUUUUAAACAUUAAACAUUACA